AUGUCUGCGUCCGGAGAUCGUAUCACCCGGCCCACAGAUCCUGAUGAUCUUGUCCUGGAGGCCUGGGGACAGGGCCUGAUGGUCGGUUCCCUGGUGGUGAUGGCCGCGGUGACCUUUGCGAAUAUGAAGAGACACAUUCUGUUGCAUAAACUGAUUUUUGCCGAGUGUUUCCACGUUUCCACUGUGUUCUCUGUGCGCGGAGUGCUAACGAGUCGCGAUGCCAUCCAGCUUAUUCUCGCUAUGGCCCACGGCACCUUCAUAUUCCCCAAAGAACCCGCCUACGGCUGGUACCUUUCCUGCAGUGCUAUCGGACUGAAUGUGUCCUGGACUCUGCAUAAUGUCAUUGCGUGGAUGAAGAAUAAGCCAUUCCUGAGUCGCAGGGUUUCACAAGCUUAUAUCAUCACGGUUCUGCUGGUCCAGCCGUACUGGGUGGUGGAAAUCUACGCCAAUUUCACCUACUUCAACAAUAUUAACAAGAUCUUCCUCACGACACGGCCAAUGGAGCCUCUCUUCCGAGACCCCUGGUGGGUGUUCACCACCUGUUCACUCUUCUACACUAUUAAGCGCUUGUACAACUUUGGCAUUAUAGAAUUGGUGACUGUGAGCCCGCGGUUCGGGAUUAUGCUAGCAUCAAUGUGCCUUUCCAUUGCAUUCAUAAUCAUCGAUACGUGUGUCGUUUUGAACGCCUUCCCGGCGCAUACGCUCCCUACCGGAGUUGAACCAUUCUGGAAGCUAUCAUUUAUCUUCAAAUGUCUCUGUGACACCGUCAUCCUCGACGACUUCAAGACAGCGCUUGAUCGAAUGCGAAACUACUGGCUACAGAAGCGGGCCAGGACUGGCGAAGUCCUUCUUCCGGAGACCCAGUACGAACCUGGCAGUCGCAGACACGAAAGGGAUGACAUCGAGGCAUUUGGUAGCGAGAGACGGGGCAGUGAACUUAGAAAGCCCGAUUCGUCGGUUCCGCGAGUUCAGACAAGGGAAGAUGUGGGUAUAGCUCUUUGA